CUUCUCCUCUCCACCUAUUCCUCUCUCUCUCUCUUCCUCUAAAGCAUCACUUUUCCUCUUCAUUGGCAUCUUUAUCCUUCGGUUCUGGUUCUUUCUUCGAUCUUAAAUCAAACAGGUGGCAAUGGGUACGGCAGCAGCCGAAGCUCAUUUUCAUGUCUUAGCUGUUGAUGACAGCCGCAUGGAUAGGAAACUCAUUGAGAGGCUCCUCAAUAUAUCUUCAUAUCAAGUUACUACAGUUGAUUCAGGUAGCAAGGCCCUGGAAUUUCUGGGUUUGCAGGAACAUGACCAAAUCAGCCCAAAUACACCUUCUAUUUCCCCAAAUAAUCAACAGGAAGUAGAAGUGAAUCUCAUUAUCACAGAUUAUUGUAUGCCAGGAAUGACAGGCUAUGACUUACUCAAGAAAAUCAAGGAAUCAUCAUCACCACUGCGAAACAUCCCAGUAGUGAUCAUGUCAUCUGAGAAUGUUCCUUCAAGGAUCACCAGAUGUUUAGAGGAAGGAGCAGAAGAGUUUUUCUUGAAGCCAGUGAGAUUAUCAGACGUGAAUAGGCUUAAAUCUCAUAUGAUGAGAACAAAAAUAAUGAACCAAAAGCAAGAAAUUAUACAAGAAAAGCAACAGCAGGAAGAACAUAAACUAGAAGAGUCAGACUCUCAUUUGCUACAACAACAACAAUCCAACAAUAAUAACAAGAGGAAGACUAUGGAAGAAGGUCUUUCACCAGAUAGAACAAGACCCAGAUACAAUAGCAUUACCACUAUGGUCCGACAACCUUGGAAAAUAAGUUUUCUUUCAUAUAACCUCUGCUGCACAUCUUUCUAUUUUUUUUAACAGUUUCAUUUACAUGCUUAAUAGCAAUGUAGAGAGAUAGAGUUUUUCAUGUACACAAAAUCCAAUUUUGUUUUUGUUAAUGGAAAUCCAAAAGAACAUUUUGAAAAAAAAAAAGAAAAAGAAAUAGUUGAGACUGCGUUGUUGUUGGUGGUUCAAGGCUGACUUAUUGUGUCUUAAUUCUGCAUAAUCUGUGAAGUGACCCUUUCUUUUCCAACAAUAAAAGCAUUUCAAAUCUGAUUGGUAGAUUUUAAUCACAUUUUGGUCCUUGGAGAAUGAAGAUCCUCUCUGUUGACCUAAAUUUCUGGUUUCUGUCUGUUUCUGUUAUAGUUUAUUAAAAUUCACCAUGCUUUCUGUCUGGAUCUAGAGCUGCUAUUAACAUCCGCUAAUUUCAAGUGGAGAUUAUUGAUUGUAAUUUGUAAUGGUAAUUUACAUUCA